AUGGCGACUGCAUCUCUCAAAUGCCUGAAAACUUUGCUAAAUUCGUGUAAAUGUGGCGAUUUACGAUUUCAGAAAUAUUUAUUGUUGAAAGGCUCUAAUUUGAAAUGUUUUGGACGAUACGGAUUUGAUGUUCACAAACGAAGUGUCCAAUUUUUAGCAUCAAACAUAGGUCAAGAUGGAAAUAUUGACAUUAAGUAUGAGCAAGGAUUGGUGAAGUUUUCAGUCUAUUUACCGUCUCGACGUGAGCGUUGUCAGUUUACUUUGAAGGCUACCACUAACACCUUAUACAACCUUAUCCAUGAUAUGAAACUUGAGGAUAAGGGGAUUGACAGAGUAGUGGCUUACAACUUAGAGAAUGAGCGUCUGGCCAGGAGCACUCCGCUCUAUUUGAUACUGCAGAACGACUUUUACAUCUACAUCAAUGAUGUCAAAUUUCAUUGCAAAGCACCUGCAAUUGAUGCUCUGAUAAAACAGCAUAUGAGCGAUGUAUCAAAUGUGAAAAACGCCAUCUGCCAUCUCUACAAUGCUCUCAACGUCGAACAACAUCAACUUGCUCAGGAAAAAAGUUUGCAGAACAAACUAGAAGAGCUACACAAAGAAAUAUAUCCUAUGGAAAGGAUGAAAACAGAAAUUGACAUGUCGGCCAACCGCCGAACUCGUGUCCUAACUUGGGUUGGAUUAGGUCUUAUGGGAAUUCAAUUUGGAUUCCUGGCUCGGUUGACUUGGUUUGAGUACUCUUGGGAUAUUAUGGAGCCUGUAACUUAUUUCGUUGGCUACGGAACAGCUAUUGCCUGCUAUGCUUAUUAUUUACUCACUAGCCAAGAGUACAUCUUACCUCAAGUUAGGGACAGAGAGUUCUUAUUUUCAGUACACAGAGGUGCUAAGGCUAGACACCUGGAUUUGAAAAAGUACAACCAGUUGAAAGAGGAAAUAGCUCAGGUCGACUACGACCUUAGGAGGCUUAGGGACCCACUACAACUUCACUUACCCCUGCAAUAUCAAAAACCGCUUGCAGUCUAGCCCUAAUUAUUUAUCAAAACGCGUCAGUGUGUGUGUGUGUGUGUGCGUGUGUGUGUGUGAGAGUGAGUGUGUGUGUUUGGGAGAGAAACUUAUUGAGAUACGCACGUGGUGGUUGUGGAGAUGUUUGUGCCUACAAAUAAUUUUUUGUACAAACAACGAGUGCUACGGCUUACUUAUUUAUUGAUGUUUGUUAAUUUUUCAAAAUGUUUUUUGGCUAAUUUUUUUUUAGUUUUUCAUUUAAGAAUGAUUUUUGUUCUGUCUUAAUUUUAUUUUUAUCACUUUUCCUUUAUAAAUAUAUACGUACAUGGGUGUGUUUGUCUACGUGUUACUUAGUUAUUUAGAUUAGAAAACAAUGUUUUGAUGCUAAUUGGUCAUUUAAUAAGUUAAUCAUUUCAUUGGCUAAUUAUAUUGUUUAAAACCUUGAUAGUUAGUCCAUUUCGUUUCAUUUUCACGUUCGUAGGCGAGAUAAUAAUGUACUUUAUACUGCACAGAAAUUGUUCACAUUCAUUUUUUCAUUCGUUCUUCCAUUCAUUUGUUCUUCAUUCAUUCAUUCAUUCGUUCAUUCAUUCAUUCUUUCUCUCAUUAAUUCUUCAUAUUAUAUAACUUUUUAAUACAAUUUUUCGACAUUGAAAUUACUUUCAAGGUUUUUUCUUCUUUGUGAAAUGUUUAAUUGUACUUCAGAAAUUAAUAAUGAUCAUUUAUAUAUAGAAAUACGCGUUUUUUACAUCCGCUGUUAAGAUAUUUCAAGAGACAUUU